UCGUUAUCGUCCCUCACACCGAUAUUGAGCAGCAACACUUCCCGGCGCCCACUCACACCGAUCUAUGCAAGUCGAUCGCGCUCGCGAUCGCGUUGCAGAGGAUGCGAUCGCGAUCGACUUGCUCAGCUUUCCUCUACUAUCCAUUCUUUGCGUCGGAAGGGCUCUAUUAAUCAUCCCUACUCUCUCCUAUCCUUUGCAUGUGAGUGGGUCUAUUACUCUCUAUUACUAGUAAUCAUCCCUGCUCAUCCUUACUCUCUCCUAUCCUUCAUAUGUGAGCGUCUCUAAUAAUCAUCCUUACUCUCUCAUUUCCUCGUCUCUAUUUCAGCUUCCAUCUCUCUCUCUCUCUCUCUCUCUCGCUCUCUCGCUCGCUCGCUCGCUCGCGCGCUCUGUGGUGCCUUGAUCGUACCAUUGGCUAUUUUGAUCUACAAAAAAAAAAGUGUGGAAAAAAAAGAGAGUAGUAAUUUUGUGGUCCCAGAAUUGUUUGGUUCGAGAAUGGCCCAGAUUUCAGACACUGAGCAGGGGAGAACUGGACAUGAUCUGCGAUCGGACGGUCAUCGUAGCUCAGGCUCUCAGAGGUCCUCCGUUCAGAUCAUCGGCUCUGCUCCUCGGUGGGUGCCUUGUAUUAAGAAGGAUGGGGAGAGGGAGAGAGAGACUUCUGAUAAGAGCAGUGCUCUCCGAUCCCAGCCACCUGAACUGCUCAUCAUAGCGGCAUCUAAAAAUAGCUGCUUGCUCAUGAAUCAAAUUCCGGAUAAGAGACUGAUCGGAUCCAUGGUUUUACCGAAGCAGGAGGCCACAGUCGGCAUUUCAGGGCCUGAGAGGAGAAGCGAAAAGACGUGCCCAACAUUUGAGCUCGAAAAGCUCAGGGAGCAGGGAGAGAAGGGAGGUGGUGAUGUCAUUGCUGUAUGUGCAGAGGAUGUGCCAGCUAAUCAGACGGUUGCCUGGACAAAGGCUCUCUUCCAAAUCUUCAAACCGCAAAGAAACCAGUAUUCGGUUUCACUUCCCUCUGGGAAUGUAGUCGAUGGCUUAGUAGCUGCAGUCAUGACCUAUUGCCAGGUACGAGACAUGGAUGCGGCAGCGUUCCUGAGACUGGAGCAGUUUGGCGCAACUGUUGGGGAUUCUGCAGAUCCGCUGACCAUUAUGUCCAUGCUGCUGGAAUCGUUUUCCACCAUCCCUCUGUUCACGCAGCUUGUGAACGUCAACAAUGUGGUGAAAGCAACCUCUGCCUCUAUCUCAGAGAACGCGUUGAAAGGGCCGUUGUCGGAUAUUUUUCGCGGCAACCACGCAGUGAGGCACAAGGCAACAACACUGCAAGGGUCGACAGGGCGAGCGGAUGAGCAGCACAGCAACCAUGCGGUGAAGCACAAGGCAACACCAACAAGGCGACUGUAUUGCAUGGUGCGCAACCAAAGGACAUGGAAGGCAUGGCCAGUGGAAGGACGGCAAGGCAGCGGAGCAGCGAAGCGCAAGGCAACACCAACAACAUGGCCACAGCACUCAGCGAACACAGCGGCUUGCAGAGAACCACCUGCGAAGCAAGCGGGACACGCAGCAAGGCAGCGGCGGAGCGCAGAUGAGGCAGUCCACACAUCCAACACCGAGCAAAGCAGCACCUACUCGCAUCACGAUUGAACACCACAGACUGUUGGUUGCCACCACCUGUCGAGCCAGGAACUCGCUCAGACGAACAUCUGUCAUCACCCGCAGGUAACACAGAUAUGCCAAACUGAGAGGCCCCGCUAACAGUGCUGUAGGCACUCCAAACGAGGAAUGACCGACUGUUUGGCACUGCGUAAGGGUGCUCAGCUAGGGACACAAAAAGAAAAAAAAAAUAGAAGAAAGCAUACAAAAGAGAGAAACAAACAUGCAUAAAAAGU